CCAGGAGCAUCAUUCGUAACCGAGUAGUCUCAGUAACAAGUGCUACGGUAAACUAUCUUUUUCGUCAUCGUCUCGAUAUAAAGAAGAAAAUUGAGAUGAGAAUAUCUCUGCCAUCGAUGGUUCACUCGCACUGGUGGGAGGAUUUGGAUCAGCCUCACAGCCUGCAGAAUCAAUACUUUGGCGAUGGUAUCCACCACGACGCCUUGCACCAGGCCCACCGACGUCUACCAUUGGCACCAUCACUCGUCCAUCACUUCCCUGCUCGAUACUCUAGAGACCCAUUGGGAUAUCGUAGACACUGGACAGCUCGUCCUUCCCAGGGUGUACCGACUGUAACGCCAAAUAAAAACAGCUACCACGUAUCCCUGGAUGUCCAGCAGUUCGCACCCGAGGAGAUAUCGGUGAAGCUCAUGGAUCGAUCUGUCAUUGUCGAGGGUAAACACGACGACAAGAAGGACGAGCAUGGCUGGAUCUCCAGACAGUUCUGCAGGAGGUACGAGAUCCCGGAGAUGUGCAACAUGGAUCAACUCCAGUGCACACUCUCAUCGGACGGCGUUCUCGCCAUCAUCGUACCACACAAGGUCGAGGGCGAGAAGACAAUUCCGAUUGUGCAGACUGGAAAGCCCGCCAUCGUCAACACUCCAGUGGCAGCCGAUGGUGACACUCCCAAGCGGAGCCUUGAGGCUGAGGAUAUACAGUAGAUCCGGUACUUAAGGAUAUCCAAGUAUCUUUUACAGUUUGGUACAGACAACACUAUAGAUUCAACUAUUU